CUCUUACAAUUGCUUCUCAUCAUCAUUCCUUCUCCACCAUCGCGAUCAUCUUGUGUGUUUGGCUGAAAGUUUUUUGCUCAAAAAAACACUUUCACCUACGACACCCUUCUCGGAUCUCUGAUAAACGACAAAGGAAUCUUGCCUUUGUUCUCCAUCUUCUCUUGGUCUUUUCACCCAUCUUUUUUUCCGCUCAACAAAACCAAUCCUUCAAAGCGGUUCAUGACCUCUACGCCUCCGCCAACGGCCGCGCCACAAAAAGCGGAGAAGCCAUCGUUAAGUGGCGUUAAGAUUAAACAAAGAAAAGGUGUUGCAAAAAGUCAAGCAAAGUUUGAACCGGAAGAAUUUGCAGAACAACUUUUGAAAUUUUUAGAACCCGUUCAAGAGAAUGAUUGGGAAGGCGUUUUACAAGCAUUAGAUAAAGCAGGAAACACUCUCGAUUAUCGUAAAUAUUCCGAUCAGUUUUUCGAAAUCUUCUUCACAGGUGGUUUAUUGGCUCCUGGAGGAUCUUAUUUGGACGAAGAUAUCCCUUUGAGCAAAUUUUCCGUCUUUGCUUCAAAGGCUGCCGAUAUCGAAAAUGUCAAACCGAUCGUCAGCACGCUAGAGAAGUUGAUCAGAAGAUUCAAAUUCUUACAAAAGCCUUUGGAGGAACAAAAUUUGAGCAAUUUGAUCCAAUAUGCUUCUCGUUAUCCGGUCGAAGAGCGUAAGAAGCUGGCAGUAGCAACAGCUUUGCUUAUCCAAAUGAAUUUGGUCAACGCAAACGUUUUGUUGACGUUGCAAAAGGAGCAUUUGGUCAAAGAAGGCGUCAGUUUGGGUUUCAUGGAAGUCGUCUUCCGCACCUAUCUUGCUGAAAACAGUAUGGAUUCUUUGGGCUCUACAUUGCGCAAAGGAGGUGUGAAAGAUCCUUUACUCUUCUUUCCCCAAACUCGUCGUUCACAACCUGGUUUGGUAGGAACCCAUUUCCGUUCUGCAGGCCUGGCACCUGUGGCUGAUUAUUUCUCCCGUCGUGCUACCCGUGAAACUCGGGAUAGCGUUGUACAACGUAUCAAGGAAAUGCGUGGAGCAGACGUAGAAGAAAGCGAAAAAGCUUCUGAUGAAGAUGUGGUGGACUUUUUGAAGGAAGUACGUGAACGACACGGAUUGGCUUUGGAAGAAUUUGUGCCGAUCGUUUGGGAUGCUUUAUUGUCUGUUGUGACGUGGGAUGCAAGCGCAGAAAAGCAUGAUGCACAAGCAUUAAAGGAAGUCAAAUCGAUGGCACCCAUCUUGGAACCUUUUUGCAAUAAUGCCAAAUGCGAAAUAGUCUUGAUCAAUACGAUUCAGGUCAAUGCACAUGAAGAUACUCGUUUAACCAAAGCGUUCCCGAAUAUUCUCAAAGUGCUUUACAACGAUGAUGUCUUAUCCGAUCAAGCCAUCUUGUAUUGGGCACAAAAAGGUGCUAAGCCACAAGGAAAAGCUCAUUUCCUAAAAGUGACUGAACCUCUUGUGAAGUUCUUGGAAGAGCAAAGCGAUGAUGAAGAAUGAGCGGUUCGCUUUCUCUUUCCCGCAACGAAUUUUGAUUGCAGCGGUACAGAUUAGCAUGUAUAUUCUUGCAAUAAAAAUGAAAAUUGGCGAUUCUUAAUCGCAAUGAACUCAGACUGGAUCUGUCACCGUGUGAAAAGCGGACAUUUUUCCUCAGCGGAACGGUCAUCACCAUCUCAUGAUUUGUCUUGAGUGUUUCACCGCAAUCAAUGAAUUUGCCAACAGAUUUUUACAUCAUGCUCUCUUCAAUUCG